AUGGAUCUUGGCGGUACCUCUGAUCCCUAUGUGAAAUUGUUUCUUCUUCCGGAUAAAAAGAAGAAGUUUCAAACGAAAGUACAACGGAAGUCACUUAACCCCGUAUUUAAUGAAAGUUUCACAUUCAAGAUACCCUAUAAUGAGAUAGGAGGCCAAACGCUGGUUUUGAAUGUUUUCGACUUCGAUCGAUUUGGAAAACAUGAUCAAGUGAGUUUCUCAAAAAAAGAAGAAUUGGUCAAGAAUGCUAAUUCUGCCUAA